UUAAAAACUAAGAAAGAGAUUAAGAUAAAUAUUAAUGAAGAGGAGAUGCACUUAGUUUUACAUCUUUGAGUAAAUCUAGUAGAGAAAAACAGCUAAAGGCUCAGCGAGCGAUCAGGUUGAACAAACUGCAUCUCUAUUCCCCGCCUUUAACUUCGGCUUUGAGUGAAACUAACCAAUCCGUGCGGACGGACCCCUUGAUUGACAGGCGCGAUGUGCGUAUUGGAUCGUAUUCGUGCCGCGCACAGAUUUGCAAAGAUUCAAGACAGAGGUGUCCUGCUUACUAUGAGUGUGAGCUGUGGUGCAUUUGUCAGCCUGGGAAAUAUAUAGCAACUGGUGUCCGAAAAGCAGUUCAAAACACUGUCUGUACGCACGCACACACACACACACACACACACAAUGCUGCUCGAGUUGUUCUGGCGCGAACGCGUUAAGCGUCAGUUUAAUGUUUCCUCUGGCGUUUCAGGAGUCGCGCGGACUCUGUCAAAACACGGACCUGACGCGCUUCAAAUAUAACUACACGUUCAAAAACACGCCUUGAGUCGUUUCCCGCUAAAAAUGCAAUACAUGUCGCUGUUUGCAGCGGAAUAAAAGAGCUCCCCUGUGUUUCUAGUCUAAUGUAGUCGGGGUUUGUUAUGUAGGUCAGGCCAGGCUUAAGCAGCUUUACUGAACCUGCGUCAGCUUAAGCUAAAAGGAAUUCCAGCAAAGCCCUCCCCGGGUAGGCGUGGGCCUAAUCGAGGCUGGCCUAGUUAAGCCUGAUUCUUUUUCUUACGUCUGUGUGCUUGAGAGCCAGUUUGUGCAUGUGUGUGUUGUUUAACUGAGACAAGCAGUGCAGCAGCCUGCUCACACAAGUGAGUAGAGAAAGACAGACACACGGCACAGGGAAAAGAAGAGAAGGAGAUCAAACCUAGAGCACUGAGACCAGCCUAAAGGCAGGAUGUCUACCAUAUUCAUGUCAAACAGCAUGGUCGGCAAGGCCCGCUCCUCCAACUUCACCCUGUCUGAGAAACUGGAUCUUCUGCGGCUGGUCCAGCCUCACAUACGCAUUCUGGAGGAGCACACCAACAAGCACGCCGUGAUCGUGGAUAAGAACCGGUGCUGGGACAGCAUAGCAGAGCGCUAUAAUAGUUUCGGAGGCGAGAGGCCCCCCAGAACAGCUCAGGGCCUUCGGACCCUCUAUAAGCGACUUAAAGAAAGUGCCAAGCAGGAAGUUCUUCAGCGAAGCCAUGCCCAACCCGAGUACCGGGGCAGCAUCUCGGAGCCAACCAAGCGCAUUAUGGAAAUGAUACCUCAACUGUUUCACGUGGGGGACAAAGAGCCGAACGCGCUCCACAGGCUUCAGUUCAAGAGGAAUUCUCCAGUAGAGCAGCCAGGCAGCAGUUUGUCCCUCCCAGCGUUGUCGGACUAUGUGCCUGUUACGGCUGUGAGGGUGGAGACUGAAGAUGUGAAACCGCCUCCUGAUAUCCACCUGAUCACAUCCCACAGUUCACCGGUCACCAUCGCCACCCCGAGCAGUCAGGCCCACCACGGACAGAACGAGAGGGACAAUGAAGUAGUGGAAGAGGAGGAAGAUGAGGAGGAGGAAUUAGCCUCCCACGUGUAUGCGGCCUCUCUGUCUCCGUGCCCCUCUUCUGUACACUUGCCACCCUCGCCGUCGGCACACGGCCCCAGGAGGAGCGCAUAUCAGAGGGGGAGGGCACUGUUCAAGAAUCCCAUUUUUGAAGCAGAAGCUCUGCAGAUGAUGCGAGAGGAGCAUGAGCUGCUUCUGGCCAAUCACAGAAAGCUUGGACUGUAUCUAGAGGAGAAGAGGGAGGGGCUUAAGAGAAAGCAACAGCUGGAGGAGGAGCUACUCCGGUCAAGGGUCAAAGUGGAGAAAUUGAGGGCGGCCAGGCUACGCCAAGGAUUGCCAUUGAUGUGACACAUAUGGUGUCACGUCUGAAAGUCUAUCACAAAGGGAACUCUGUAAUGUGAAGUUAAAAUGAACAAGCUUGUUUGUACAGUUAUUUCUUGUUUUUGUAUUCGAUCAACAUUUGUACAAGGAUUGUUCCUGUUGUUUGUAGCAGAA